UGGCAAAAGGGUCUUAAAUAUUCCUGAGGAAAAAAGAAAACGGUCCGACAUAAAGACACCGGGGUUAAGUUUACACAAAAUUAGGUUAAUUUAAAGAAACUAGGGAGCUCUUCGGCAGGAGCUCUCUGAUAAACAUUGCCCGGCAAUCGGAUAAGCCCCACCAAGUCGGCAAUGGACGCGCGAAACGCUCGGAGUUUUUCCAGAGGCAGUGGAAAUGAGAGGGAUGGGGGCAACAAUUACUACAGAGCCAGGUCCAGAUACAGCCGAUCCCGAUCGCGUUCACGUGAGCGAAACCGCGGCUAUGGCGGCUUCCGGCAGAGGAAUUCCCGAUCGCGCAGCAGGGAUCGUUCCCCCGUGUUCAGGCACGAGCAUCGUGGUGGUCGCGGUGGCAAUGGUGACCCCGAUCUGUACCACCACCUGAUCAACGAUGACCACCGGGACGAUCAGCGCAACUACAACUCUCGGAAUAACUUUGAUAACCGCCAGUUCCGGCGGGAAGGUAGCUUUGAUCGAAGGAAUCGGGAUAGAGAUUGUGAUAGUGAGCGCGAGCUGAAUGACUAUGAGUACGAGCAGCGCUGUAGGGAUCUCGAUUCGCGGGAUCGUAACUCCAUGGACAGGGACCGGGGUCGCAGCAGGGAGCACAGUAGACCCUGGAACAGGAACUACAAUCAUGACGAUCGAAGCAGAAGCAACGAGCGGAACUCACGCCCCCGAGAUCAUCGUGUGUACAACGGCGGUGGAAACAAUAGUAUGCCCAACCACAACAGAGAACGUGAAAGGGAUUGGGAGCCCGAGCGGGAGCGGGAUCGCGUUCGGGAAAGGAGAGCUUCGUCGGAUUAUGACAGUGACGAGGGCCACAUGCGCAGGAACAAAUACCGAGGAGCCACCGAAGCCCUCAACAUCAUUAUUAUCUUCGGUCUCACCAAGGAUAUGACAAGAGCAGAUAUAAUGAGCGAGCUGAUAAAGGUCAACAUGGAGCCAGCCUGCAUUCGCAUUAUCCGGAAACAUGGAGCAGAUUCAUCACGCGGUAUAGCGUUUGUCGAGUUUAACACCGUUGAGGAGGCGAAACAAUGGAUGGAUAUGACACAGGGCGUGCUGAAGUUGAACGAUCAACGGGUGACCAUGCAGUACAGUCACAAGCGCAUUCAGGACUGGAAUUGCAACAAGUGCGGCGUCUGCAACUUCAAGUUUAGGUUCUAUUGCUUCGUGUGCAAGACAUCCCGGGAGGACAGCGAAACAACCUUCUCCUCCGGCAGCGAAGGCGUGGACGAAGUCAGCAACAUUCUCACCAAAAAGAUCAUGCUACGCAACCUGGAUGCGUUGACUAACGAGGAGGGUGUGCUCACUGCCCUCCAGGAGCAUCUGAAGGAUCUGAGCAAGACGAUCAGCAAGGUGAUUAUCAGUCGGGACACCUUGACUCAGGCCUCGCGCGGAAUCUGCUAUCUUCACUUUGACACACUCGUCGACUCCAUGAAUGUGCACAAUGCCUUGACAUCGUUGGAUCCUCCUCUGACUCUCGACGACAGACCUGUGGCCGUUACCUACUGCAAUGACCUGGAGGAACGUCAAGCAUUGCCAAAGGAUCCAAAAGCCAAAGCAGUUAAAUCCAGCCAAGCAAGCGGUAAUAGUGGCGACAUUUCUGCAGUUCCACCCACAGGCUUGGAUGGGAACUACACCCUUGCGGAUGUCCCACGGCUUGCCGAGUAUAGUGCCUCCCUCUACGCCACGAAUCCCGUGGAGCAUGCUCAUUACGUCCAAUAUUACACGGAUUACUACACGGCGGACAUAAACAAGAAGAGCAGUGAUCCUCUCCUAACGGAGGCCAACUCCGGAGCGGCUGUGGCCCUCUCGGCCAUCCAGCGCAAGCAGAAGAAGAUGAAUAGUAUAGAGACAACGAUCACGGCGGCGGCCACAGCUGCGGCACAGGCAGCGGCCGAGGUGAAGGCCUCAUUCGCUGCUCAGGCCGUUAGUGCGCCCAGGGGCAACGAUGGAAAGACCUACCCCACUCCCGAUGUGUCGCAGUACCAGUACGAUGAGACAUCCGGCUACUAUUACGACCGUUCCACGGGUCUAUACUACGAUGCCCACUCGCAGUACUACUACAACAACGAAACGGGUGCCUACCUCUAUUGGGAUCAGCGGAGGAGCACCUACGUGCUGGCCACGCCAGCUUCCACUCAGGCAGCCCUGCAGGAAACGCUAGCCGAAGCAGAACAGAAGGAAGAGGAGGCCAGGAAGGCAAAGGAGAAGGAGAAAGACAGGGAGGGGGGAAACAAGCCCGAUAAAGUCAAGGUGGCCAAGAAGAUAGUGAAGGACAUGGAGAAAUGGGCCAAGCAGCUGAACCAGAAAAAGGAUUACACUGCGGUGGCCACUCCGCAACCUAUUUUGGGCAACGAAGGUGCCUCCACGCCACGUGGCAAUCAAGGAGGAUAUGCCGAUGUGGGCUUCUCGAUUCUCGAGAAAAAGGAGAGGGACAAGCUGAAUGACUAUGUGGCUCAACCGGCUUUGGCUCCUAUAAACAAGCUUGUAAAUGCCUAUGGCGGAGCAUCGGAUUCUGAGGAGGACAGUGCUCCGAACUUGCCAAAAGCACAGAGUUCUGUGGGAUUAGCAGCUCCAUCUGGAGGCGGAGGCUCCAACGAGUCGGAUUAUGUGGAUAUUCAGAAGCUAAGCUGUCUGCUUUGCAAGCGUGCCUUCCAGUCACUGGAUAUAUUGCAAAAACAUGUGAAGAUGUCCACGCUGCACAAGGAGAACCUAGCCAAGCUCAAUCCAAGCGCUGGAGGGGAUGCUAGCAUUGAUGAGGCCCUAUCUUAUCGAGACCGUGCCAAGGAGCGCCGGAUGAAGUACGGCGAGAGCGAUCCUCCUCCGCCAAAUCGCAGUAGGGAGCGAUUUGAGCAGGAAAUAAAGACUUUGCAGACGGGGCCGAAGAACCCUUCUGGGGCUGCUCCAGCCAUGCCCAUUAGUUCGAGCAACGUGGGCAGUCGCCUGCUGCAGAAGAUGGGCUGGUCGGAGGGCCAGGGACUGGGCAGGAAGAACCAGGGCCGCACUCAGAUCAUAGAGGCUGAGGGACACUCCAACAACGUGGGUCUGGGCAACAAGUCGUCAGGCAUAUCACAACGCUACGACUACAAAUCGUACAUCAAGAUGAAGAUGAAACAACGUUAUGAGGAUGUAUGAGAGUAGAUUUAAUAUUUGCAGCCGUUUCCACAAGCUCCCUUAAAAGUAUUAUUGAAAUACUUUAGUUGGAAUACUACGAAAACCUAGAUCUAUUUACCAUAUUAUAUAUGAAUCUUUUGGAGCAUUUUCUGUUGCAGGUCAGAACUAAGGGAAAUACUUUUCUCGCAUUCUGAACUGGGACUUGUGAAAUCGGCCCUCUAGCUAAGCAUUUUGUAGUUUGAGUUAGGAUUAAGAGAGUGCACAUCCUCAUCUGAUUGUACAAAAAUAAAUCUAACGUUGAAAAUUUUAAA